ACAAUCUUUUGCAUAAACAAUCAUCACCCACCACCCACUUUCUCUAUAACUCGAUCUAUCUUCAGUUGGCAUGAAUCCUCCAAGACUCUCCACUUGUUGUUUAAAACUCCCCAAAACAAACCCUACAGAAUCCAAGAACAACUUUCAAGAUCUAUUUGUUUUCUAGAUCCAGCACUUUUGGUUCCGGUGCCCAUAUAUCUCUCUCUUAUUAAUUACCUGGAAGAAACAAAGAUUUGCUUUCUUGAUCCACACAAAUGUCAAACAGAGAGUUGGGAUCAUACCAUAUAUAGUAAAAAGUAGCGGCUAGGUGUGGUUGGUCUAAAGAUUAAUGGGAUCGAAUCGUCGUCUUUGUCUGAUCAUUUGGGUGAUCUUUGUUCUGGUAUCAGUACCUAUCCGAGGUCAGGGGAUCAAAUCCACAAGACUCCUUGAUCUGGUGAUUCGAGAUUACACAUUCAAGUCAUUCAACAAGCACUUCAAAACAGGCACACCUUACAGCAUCAAUUUGCCAUCAAAUCUUUCGGGCAUUACGGUCUACACAUCAAGGUACCGAUGCGGGAGCCUGAAGAGGUAUGGCGCAACCAUCAAUGAGUUUUACUUGAAAGUUGGUGUGGAUGUCCAUCCUUGCAUAGAAAGAAUCCUUAUUGUAACACAAAACCUAGGAAACAACUGGUCAAACAUUUACUAUGAUAACUAUGAUGCCCUACUAGGUUAUCAACUUGUGUCGCCCGUACUAGGUUUACUAGCUUAUAACUCUGGUGACCACGGUGACGACACACAGUUUGAGGUUAAAAUUCGGUCCCCGGGGGGUAUUCAAAUAAAUUUCAGCAAUUAUACAGCAAGCUCAACAUUAGAUGGUAGGAUUAAGAUGUGUGCAACAUUUGAGGGGGAUGGGAGGGUGAAGCUAGCAAAAGAGGUUGCACCCAGCGUUUGUGGUGCCAUGAGCCAGGGGCACUUUGGGCUGGUGGUACAGUCACCAUUGUUGCCGGUGAGGAAGAAGAUGAGGGGGUGGACGGUGGCUUUUGGAUGCUCGGUUGGUGCUGCAAUUGCUGUUUUUCUGGUGGGGCUGCUUUUGAUUGCUAUGUUUGUCAAGGUGAAGAAGAAAGCAAGAUUAGAAGAAAUGGAGAGAAGAGCUUAUGAAGAAGAAGCACUUCAAGUCUCAAUGGUGGGGCAUGUGAUUAGGGUUCAUACUGCUUCUGCAACCAGAACAUCUCCAAGAAUUGAACAAAAUCUCAGACCUCCUCGAGUGGAACAUGUAACCAAUGGAAGUCAGAGGCAUGCAUUAGCAACAGCAUGAUGAUAUGAUGUCUUUGUCAACACUCAAAAGACCACCAAAAGAAGCAACAUGUUCUUUAUCCUUUUUUUUCUUCAGAUAAUCAAUGGAAGCAUGAACUUUUCGCAGCCUUGUUUCAUCAUACGCCUAAUAUAAUAAACAA